UGGUUAAAGUUUUGGGUGAAAUGUGAAGGCUCAUUUGUUGAUAAAAUUAUUAUUUUAAUAUCUUUUCUCUCAAAAAUAAGGGAAUUGCAAGGCUGAAGCAGAAGAAGAAGAAGAAGAAGAAGGAGAAGGAGAAAUGGAUUUGGAGUCGGUGAAGAGAUACCUGGAGAAAGGCGGACGAGAAGGCGAAGAUGACAAGAACCGAUCAACCAUCGAAGGAAUGCCUCUCAGAUUCUUCGAACGCUUCAUAAUGCAAGGCCUUCACGUUGACCUUAUUGAACCCGGCCGUAUAGUUUGCUCCAUGAAAGUCCCUCCUCGCCUACUGAAUGCUGGCAAUUUCUUGCAUGGUGGAGCUACGGCCACGCUCGUUGACUUGGUGGGUUCAGCUGUAAUAUACACUGUUGGAGCCCAAUUUACCGGAGUUUCGGUGGAAAUCAACGUUUCAUACUUGGAUGCUGCUUAUGUCGAUGAAGAAAUUGAGAUUGAGGCAAAGGUUCUCCGAGUUGGUAAGGCUGUUGGAGUUGUCAGCGUUGAGCUCAGGAAGAAAAAAACUGGGAAAAUUAUUGCUCAGGGCCGUCACACCAAGUACCUUGCUGUUUCUAGCAAAUUGUAAAUGGCCUGCUAAUCUGCAGCUUCCUCAUAAUGGAAUUGUCUUAUCUAUGUAAUUACUUUCAUUGUAACCAAUAAUGCAUUUUGCAAAUAUUUGCCAAUAUAUUAUGUUUUAUGGAA